AUGAAAGCUCUUGAAAGGAAUAAAACUUGGAGUCUCAUGACUCUACCAGCUGGCUACUCAGAUACCUUGGCCCUUGUUGCUAAGCUUAACACAACCAUCGUUCUCUUAUCUCUUGUUGCUAAUUUGGACUGGUCUCUCCACCAAUUAGAUGUUAAAAUUGCAUUCCUCAAUGUAUAUGUUGAUGACAUUGUUCUUACAUGUGAUAAUGUCGCAAAAAUGGAUAAACUAAAGAAAAGUUUAGUUGCAGAAUUUGAAAUAAAAGACUUGGGUCCCCUAAAAUACUUCCUUGGCAUGGAAAUGGAGAAAGGAGACACCCCGGUUGAUACUAGAAGAUAUCAGAGGUUAGUUGAAAAACUUAUAUAUUUGGCUCCUACUCGUUCUGACAUUGCUUUCUUUGUUAGUGUUGUCAGCCAAUUUAUGCAUUCCCCAUAUGAAGAACAUAUCGAAGCAGUUUACAAAAUCUUGAGAUAUUUGAAGACAACUCCUGGCAACGGUCUGUUCUUCAAAAAGACCAAUGAUAAAAAUGUAGCAAUAUUUACCGAUGCAAACUGGGCAGGAUCUGUUACAGAUAGGAAGUCAACUUCAGAGCAUUGCACAUAUGUGUGGGGGAACUUGGUAAUUUGGAGAAGUAAGAAAUAA